UCUCUUAAUAAUUUCAGAACAGCUCUCAUGAAAAAUGCAACGGAUGCCAUGAAGGAAUCGAGAGCUUCAGACAUCUUGAAUAUGCUGGAGCCCUUAUCCUACAAAAAGAUGGAUUUCGAAGAGUUCUGUGCAGCCUCAAUCAGCACCUACCAGCUGGAGGCGCUCGAGAAAUGGGAGGAUAUCGCGAGUGCAGCAUUCGAGUACUUCGAAGCAGAAGGAAACCGCGUCACUUCCGUUGAGGAACUGGCACAGGAGUUCAGUUUAGGUCCAACUGCUUACUCUCUUCUCGGUGAUUGGAUCAGACCAUCAGAUCGAAAACUGAGUUUUAUCGGGUUUACAAAGUUCUUACAUGGUGUCACCAUCCGAACCUCAAACACCAGACAUCGACAGUGACUCUCUCUCUCUCUCUAUCAACAGCUAAAAGAUUGCUGUAUGUUUGUCUGGUUUCGAGGGCUUCUCAAAGAAGCUGAUUUGGCAUUUGGGAACAAGAAUGAGAAGAUAUUCCAACAGCUUAUGCUCAAAAGUUACGAGGAAUAUGUCAUUUUACACGAAUUUCUCAUUGUUUGCUGUCGGCUUUAGCUUUGGAGAACGUCGAAAUUAUUCUUUGUUUGUUUUUUUCUUUUUAGAUGCUACGCACAUCGAGUUUCAUUAUAUAACAUCCGAUUUUGUCGAGGUUUAUUCUCUUUUAAAGACUGGUGGUAAACAUGAACCUUUUUGUAAGGUGUUCCAAAGA